GUGAGCGUAAAAUGGCUUGUAUACGGUUGCCUUGGAAACCGCUCUGUAAGACGAAGCAUGGCGAAUAGAACUGGCAGAAGGGAUACCCGGACUCGGACACCUACUGAGAGAAAGAAAUCAAAAGUCUUAGAACAGCCCACCCCACCUGUAGCAGAGGAACCUGAGCCAGACCCCAGCAAUGUGUUGAAGGGAGAUGAGAUUCAAGCACUAGCAAUCAGAUUGGAAGAUCUUGAAAAGAUUCACCCGCCUCGGCUUUCCAAAGAAGAGCAAAAUGUUACCGGGACUAACCAUGUUUUGGUUAGGAAACACAAUACAGAUGGAAGGAAGAGAUGUCUACUUGUGGCUCGCCCAGCACCUCCUGAGUUGGAGACACGUGAUCUGGUCUAUUUUGGAAAUGAAUUCAGUUUGUUUGGAUCCCAGAAGCAAAUUCAGCCACACAGCAUCCUGGGAACACUGCAAGACUUGAAAAGAGUUGCUUCAGCACAUGGAAAUACACAGGUAGCCCAACUUAUUCCAGAGCCUGACACUGUCCAAAUCGGCCUCAGAAAAUAUAAGAGAUUUCAACAAAACAAUCAAGAUGAUUCUGGACUCCCUAUAAAACAAGACAGCUCUCUGAUCAACUGGCAGCAUCACAUGAGCUUGAGAAAGAAGCAGGUGGAGACACUGUCCCGUCGGCUAGGUAAGCCUGCUGAUAGGCUUGUGAUGAACCUUGGGGAGGGUUUCCGAAAUGUCCAAGAGGAGAAACAAUUGAUUGACAUGAGCAUUUCAGCAGCUGAACAUGGAAAGGGCAGUAAGCUUGGGAGUGAAUUCUGGAAGUUGCCUCAGCGCAUUGGAGAUGAGCUAAGUGGCUUGACAUUGACCCUUCCCAGAAGUGAUCGUGGUUACCCAGUACCAUUAACUCGUAUCGGAAAACCUCAUCGUAUCAAGGAAGAAACAGGCGCCUUGCUUCGCUCACCAUAUGACCAAAGUUGGGAUAAGAGUCUUUACCUUGAGCAGCGCCGACAUGAGUUGAGAGCUGUCAUGGAGGAACUGAACUUUCCCAAGCCGGACAUCGAUGGGUUGGAAGUGAUUGGGCAUGGGCAGCCUUUCACCUCAUUAUCUGCAGAACAGUUCCCUUUAAGUGAAGAACCAGAGGAAGCUGCCUCAGAAGAGAAAGAAAACAUGGACCCCCUGAAAAACUUCCCUGAUGUGGUGCCGGAAUUUGUUUUGGGCCCCUCACUAAUCUUCUGUGGGCAGCUGGCACAAUGGGUGGAGGAUGAUGUAUCGCACAGGGACAAAGUUGGCAUUUCUACACGUAUCACCUUUGAAGCACUGGCAGGAGAAAAAGCCUCCUCGGUCCUGGAGGUAGUAAACAAUGGAAGUGCUGCAAUAUGGUAUGAAUGGAGGCGUCUGCCUCCAGCCGCCCGUCUUCAAAGGAGUCACAAAGAGCCCAGAGUGCAACGUUUCUACUUCAAUACCAGCUCUGGUGUGAUCCUGCCUGGAGAGACUCAGCUUUUCCCCUUCCACUUCAAAUCUCCGACUGCUGGGAUCUUUGGAGAGAACUGGGAAUUCUGCACCCAUCCUGUCUUAUUAGCUGGGGCCCUGCUGCAAGUAUCUCUCUGGGGCAUUGCUCUUUAUGAAGAUAAGACAGCGCCACACAGAGAAGCUUUGCAGAGGGAACUGGAGGCCCGGGAAGCUCUGGUAGUAGCACAGCAAAUUGUUGAGGAGUUGCUGGAAGGAGUUCGGAGCCCAGAGCGCCCACAAUCUCCUAUCAGAAGUGUGACUGAGGAGGAAGCUUUCAUCACAGUAAAUCCAAAGUUGCAUUAUAAACAUCAAACAGUGCAAGAGCUUAAACACUUAUGGGACCUCCAAACCUCUACAUCUGCCCCUGAGGAGAGCAGAUCUCUCUCUAGUUCCCUGAUUGAUUCUCUUCAACUGAUUGAUGGUGCUGAGGAGACUCAUGUGCCCCAAGCAAACACUGACGAAAACAGCCACCCCUGGAACUUGUCAGUAAAGGAUCUGAAACAGGCAGCUGGUUGCAUAGAAGAGGACGGAGAGAGAGAAAUGUUUUUGUCUCAGAUAAAUAAGAACAUUGCUGAGCUCACUGUGCCACCACAAGAGGCAGCAGUGGACCUUUUGCACCAGGCAAGUUUGCAGUUGUGGCGUGGGGCGAUCGAUGAGAUGGUGGAGCGAUCUUUUCAGCUGAGAAGUUUACUAGGAAUGCCUAAUAAGGAUGUCUUUGUUGAAUCUUUACCACUGGAACAAGGUCUGGACCUAAAGACAACCAAAGCAGGAAAGGAAGAGAAGAAGGGAGGGAGUCCCAAGGAAGAGAAGAAGACAUCACCAGUAAAGGAUAAAGAGGACAAGAAAGGAGGGAAGACAGGGACAAAAGAUAAGGAGGAUCGUCCCGGCAGCAGGAAGGCAAAAGGGAAAGAUGAGAAAAAAUCACUGAAGCCUUUAUUAGGCAGUGAGAGCAACGAGUUGAUAUCAUCAGGAGAGAGUCUGGAUCCUAGUCCUACUGGCUCCCAGCUCUGGCAAGUCGAUCCAGUUUUGCAGAGGAAGUAUGAAGAUAAUAUGUACCUUGAGGUCUACGGAAUCCUUGUGCGAGUGAUAGAGGAUAUGGUAACUGUUGCGGAAGACUCGAAAGCUGGAGACUCUGCAGUGGACGAAGAGGACUUUCCAAAGAGUUUGUUGUUCAGAGGAAGAGCUGAACAUGAAAGUGACACACAAACCACUCUGUAAAUGACUUAAAGGGGUAGUUCAUAAUUAAAUAAACUAUGUAUACUGUAUGUCA